AAGUCAGAGUCAGUGACUGAGGGAGAAUCAGUCUCUCUGAACUCUAGUUUCACACAAAUACACAGAGAUGAAGAGAUCGAGUGGAAGUUUGGAGACAUUCUCAUAGCUAGUGUAAUGAACAACAAGAGCAAGUUUUAUAAUGGAAGUGCUGAAGGGAGAUUCAGAGACAGACUGAAACUGGAUCAUCAGACUGGAUCUCUGACCAUCAUCAACAGCAGAACCACAGACUCUGGACUUUAUACAGUCUCCAGAGACACAACGAUCAACACGAUCAAUCUCACUGUCUAUGGUGUGUUUGUUGCUGAUGCAGUGAAGUCAGAGUCAGUGACUGAGGGAGAAUCAGUCUCUCUGAACUCUAGUUUCACUCAAAUACACACACAUGAAGAGAUCGAGUGGAAGUUUGGGGACAUUCUCAUAGCUAAAGUGAAGAAAAACAAAGAGAUCAAGUUUUUUGGUGAUAAUGCUGAAGCGAGAUUCAGAGACAGACUGAAACUGGAUCAUCAGACUGGAUCUCUGACCAUCAUCAACAGCAGAACCACAGACUCUGGACUUUAUACAGUUUCCAGAGACACAACGAUCAACACGAUCAAUCUCUCUGUCUAUGCUCUUCUGCCUGUUCCUGUCAUCAGCAGAGACUCUUCACAAUGUUCAUCAUCAUCAUCAUGUUCAUUGGUGUGUUCAGCUGUGAAUGUGAGUCAUGUGACUCUCUCCUGGUUCAAAGGAAACAGUUCAUUGUCCAGCAUCAGAGUGUCUGAUCUCAGCAUCAGUCUCUCUCUUCCUCUGGAGGUGGAAUAUCAGGAUAAAAACACCUACAGCUGUGUGAUCAACAAUCCCAUCAGAAACCAGACCAGACAUCUCAACAUCACUGAACUCUGUCACACAUGUGCUGCAGGUACUUCACUGAUGAUAUCUGGUGUUUCUGCACACAUUGAUCUGGACUAAUGACCGUCUCUUUCAGUCUCUCGGACAGUGCUGAUCUCUGCUGCUGCUGCUGCUGGAUCUCUGUUGAUUGUUGCUGCUGUCGGGAUCUUCUGCAUCUGCAGGAAACACACAAACACACACAGAGAAGGCAAGUGUUUCCUGUAUGUAUAUAAUUCUCAAACAUCAUUUCACUGAGUGUUUGUUUCUGUCAUUAUUGUUGAAACAGAGACUCGAGCAGAAGAAAUCACUGAUUCCACAUUCAACAGAAGAAACAGAAAUAAAUCGAGAGCUACAGUGGAGGAUAAUGUGGAGUACACAAGCGUGCCACACGAGUCCUGAAAAGUGAAGCCAAAGCGUCUCAAUCGCCCCCUGGUGAACCAUCUAAAUAUAAUAGCCCAUGAUAUUGAGUGACCAACAAACUAAUAAACAUGAUUUGAGCAGAUCUUGCUUCACCCACUAACAUGAGGGUUUGACAUAUG